UGGCACCACCUCAGUGACAAGGACAAAUCAGUAAUUCAAAACCAGAAACCAUUUGCUUCAGCCUCCGGUUUUUCAAUCGCUAGUUUCCAAUUUCGUCAUCACAGCAUGCUAUGCGUGUGUAUGUAUAACUAUAUAUAUAUAUAUUCUCAAUUCCUCUCAUCUCAUUCAUCAAAACACAAACUUUAGUACAACCAAAAUACUGUAUUGAAGUCUUCAAAUUGUAUACUGAAGGAUCAAGAAAGAUGAGUUCAACAAGCAGAGCUUGGAUGGUGGCAGCUAGCAUUGCGGCGGUAGAGGCACUGAAAGAUCAGGGAUUCUGUAGGUGGAACUACACGAUAAGAACCAUACACCAGCACGCCAAGACCAAUCUCAGGUCAUUCUCACAGGCCAAGAAGCUUUCUUCGUUAUCUUCCACCGUGAUUUCGAGCAGAGUGAGAGACGAGAAAGCAAAGCAGUCGGAGGAGUCUCUCAGAAAAAUCAUGUACUUGAGCUGUUGGGGUCCCAAUUGAUGAAAGAAGAAUAAUUUUUUUUUGUUGUGAAAUGUAAAUACAAAAAAAAAAAAAAAAUGUUAUUUUGAUCUAUCAGAUAACUCGUAUUUUGAGCAUUGUUGUUUCAAUUAAUGUUGAUUCUUGCUUGCUUCUUCA